AGUCCGGAGGGGGUGACAGGGGCCGGACAGGAAGCCCGUCGAGCUUUACUGCGCGACCCAACCGAGUCCCGCACACACACACUCACAGAGUCCGCAGGGAGCUGCCGGAGAUGGCAUCAGUUCAGUAACUCAUCUGCAGGAUGUUUUCUUCCUCCCCGAUCAUCACAUCCCAGAGCAUCUAAUCCCAACACCAGGGUCUCUCACGGCGCGCUCCGUGCCGCAUCGGGGGUCCGUCUCCAUCUUAUGUUCCGUUCUGUCUCUGCGAGGCAGCUUUGGAGGCAGCGCUGCACAACGCCGAGCCGGGGGCCGGGGGAGGGGGCACCCCCAAACCCCCAGGACCUCCACAAUGCCCUGCGUCCGGCGGCCCACCAACUCUUUAAGAAGCUGAAGGAUGAGCAGUUAUGGCGGCUGGCGGAGGCGGUGGAGAGCAAGGGGCGCUGGGACUGCGGCUGCGUCCGCUUGCCGUGGGAGGCGAGGGCCGGGAAGCAGGGCUCGCCCCCCCACGUCCUCCUCUGCCGGCUCUAUCGCUGGCCCGACCUGAGGCAGGCAUCGGAACUGAAGCGGCUAAACCAAUGUGAGAACUUCUGGAGGAAGAGCAGGGAGGGGACCUCCAUCUGCUGCAACCCGUACCACUUCAGCCGGUUGGCGGCUCCAGUUGUAGAGCCCCGGGCCCCAGGAUCCUGCAGAGGGGCCCCCCGAUCAGCCCUGCCUGAGGGCUUUACUACCAAAAGUGCAGGAGGCACCCAGAGCAACAUCCGAGGGAGGAACGACACCACUCUGUCCAGAAGCUCUACUAAGGAGGGCUACUGGUGCAAACUGGCUUACUGGGAACACCGGACCCGCGUGGGGCGUCUCUACAGCGUGACAGAGCCGACUGUCCACAUUUUCCAUGAUCUGCCCAAGGGGAGCGGCUUCUGUCUGGGCUUUCUGGGCUCGGAAAGCCGCAGUGAGGUGGUCAGACGCACACGGAUGAAGAUAGGGCAGGGUCUGACCUUGAGCUACGAGCAGGACGGGGUCUGGGUUUACAACCGCAGCGAGCACCCCAUCUUCAUCAACUCCCCCACCCUGGCCCCCGUGGCCACCCGCGGGCCGGCCGUCCACAAGCUGCUCCCUGGGUAUUCGGUGAAGGUCUUUGAUUCCGAGCAGGCGUUGUCCGGCUACCCAGUGGUGGGAGACGGGCCCUGUGACCCCCGAAGUGUGCGCAUCAGCUUCGCCAAAGGCUGGGGCUCCUGCUACUCUCGCCAGUUCAUCACCUCCUGUCCUUGCUGGCUUGAGGUUCUGCUGAGUAUUCCGUGAUGAGGGGCCGCAAGCCUGGAGACCCCCAGCCUCCGCGCCAUGCUUCGCACUGAUCUAAACCAUGCGGCAUCACCAUACGUUGG